AUGUUUUCGUGGAGAGCUACUUCUAGUCCAUCUUCAAGCCGAAUUUUUACAGGCCCCAAGUUAUGCGAAGAGGUGACGUGUCUCCUUUAAUUUCUAAUUUUUUACAGGUCCAAAAUAGUCCCCGUGGCACUACAGCAGUUCCCAAACCGGAGAUGAAUAAGCCAUGUGCCAAUGGAUCGGUACAUUGCAAUUUGUCACACUGAAUGUUUUAGACUAGCAUUUCUAGCCUCUCUCAAACCAUAGCUUCUCUGAAACAUCAUAUAAACGAUAACAAAUUUGACGAUGCAUUUAACCUGUGCAUUGGCACGCUGAAUACCACUCGACACAUAGACAGGGCCACAUUCUUUAACUCUGCACUGGAUUUGCUUGCAGUAAGUUACAACUACAUCCCCCCAUAUUUCCAGCGCGUUUCAAAUUCCUCUUCACAGGUUAGCUGGCACGACGACAGAGAGUUCCUUCGUUGUGUUGCAUUAAUGGAGCUGCCCCGUCUGACUGCCCACACGGCUUGUAUAACUGACCUCUGCACAAACCUCCUACAGCUCGACCGUCAGUUGUCGUUGUUUAAGGAAACUGAAGGCUCAUUCGAGGAGCACCUAAGUGGAUUUAUGCGGAUCCGACUUCUCUUCUACAUCGGAGUUUUCCUUCUUCGCGUUUAUAAAAAGGUAAUUUUGAGUGGGUUCGGGAGAUCCUUCCCUUGCCAUAUCUUGCUGACAAUUAUUACUGUUUCUUGCUGGUUAUUUACAGCGUGCGCCUGAAAUUGUCCUGCCACUACCAGGACGUUCUAUACGAUCAUAGUUCAAGUUUCACUUCACUGAGUGGUCGGAAGCAGACUUCUCUUAUUUCCUCUAACUAUGCCCGCCUAACGAAGUAUUUUCUGAUGUCAACUGAAGUAGAACUAGAAAAUGUUUCGGGCUUCAUACUGAACUACUUAUCUCCGUAUAGUGCAAUUGCCUGUGCGUCUAUGUAUUCAAAUGCAUAAUCAGAUUCUUUGCCCCAAAGCGAGUAACAUCGGUUUACCCAACGCCUUUGCUUCGAACUCGUGCUCUUUCCCAACUUUCAGAAGAGGAGUGACCGCUUCCGGGAUGCAUCCUUUGCCUACUUCCGUCUAUGUGCCGUGGAGAGAGUUCAACCGAUUAAAAACGCACGUCUCCUGAACGAACACUUCUGGGAUUAUACUUACACCGAAAGCCUUAACCUGCAACUUCAAGCAGCGAGCAUUUCUCAGAGUUCAGUACAGCUGCUGAGUUCCGCCCAAAAUUUUGAUAAAAGCUCUAACACUCCCGGCGAAAAGUCCUUGCCGCUGUGGAAAGCCGUGAUGCCCUCCGCGCUUGCCGAAUGCAACCUUGAGAACACAGAAAAACCAUUUAGCUAUGUUUUGGACGGCAGUUUCGUGGAUAAAGCGAUGCACGAACAGUCUGUGCAACAGGAGUACGUCGAAGGACUUUUUAAAGGUUUGUUCUUUUUCCGUCAAUACUCGUCUGCCUUAAUUGUUUUGCAAGGUCCUCCAGUACUAACAUACUGUGUUUAUCUCCUCAACUAGCCUGUCAAUCAUCAUGCAGACCACUACGUGCAUGACUUAGUGUAGUGUUAUCUUCUGCACCAAUUGGUAAAAGAUAGUGUUGGAAGCGGUGUGCCUUUUUAGUAAAGGUGGCCUUGUGUGUUAUUAAGUAUUUGAUUUUCAUCUGGAUACAGUAAUGGCCUCUCGAACUCCAUUCCCUGCUCAGUCUGUAAAUGUGAUGUAUUCACUACGGACUGUCUUCCUGCAAAUAUUGAGACCCUGUUUUUUGAAGUUGCCAUGAUGUGUUCUCCGGCCACUAUGCUAUCUACUGUUAGAUUGGCUGCUUCUUGGUGUAAGACUGAUAAAAGUGUGACUACCCUUGCACGCUUACUUAUUUUAAAUAGUUUUGUGGUUUUAGAGCUGCUUUCGCGUAACCCCGAGGACCUGAACAUCAUCAUGUGGUUUCUGCUACAGUCAACAGGCAGUUGCCCUUCUGAUUUACAAGAUGGUGCCUUCCCCGAAGGCCGUUUAAGACUCCUAUGUCUAAGUAAGUGCGUAAGUUUCGUCAUAAACCCGUUUCACUAGUGAUGUAGUGGUCAAAUAGACCGCUCAUUUCUGGGGCUUUUUAACUGCCGCCCCCACUUUCAGACAGUAUGACCGAACUCUUGGUAAAACCGUCGCGGUAUCAGGCGGACGUUUACAAGGCCUAAAAGGCAGAAAGUACGGAAAAGACCUCCCCUUUCAAGCUGGGCCGGCUAUGCAUGACUUACAUAGUGUUAGGAUAACAGGCGCCCAGUCCAGGUUUAAAUCCUUAUCGCAGUGGUCCUACCGGCUCCUGUAAUCGGCUUUGAAUUAUAAUGGACAGGGAGUCAGACCAAAACGGUCCAUUUACACAGCGAAACAGCAUCACCGAGUGUCACUCAUGCCUCUCCUCCAUUCUGUUGUCAUCUCCCGAAUUGUUGAUAUAUGCAUCCUGGCGUCAACUUUAUACGAAAAGAGGCCUCUAAAGACGAGUUUCAAAUAGUAGUCAAGCGUAUUCAAGAGUUUAACCAUACUGGACAAAGUGGGAAUGCGAGGACGACGAAUUUAGGGUCCCCGUCUACAGGGCAUGUGCGCAGUAUGAGGUCUUCGCACUGGUAUUUGGUUCGGCUGCGAUCAUACCUGACCUAGACGGCCUUAUUGAGGUCGCAGAUCGUGCCCCUUCACGCGUGACGACUGACGGCAGUGCAUUUGGAUGGCCCGACGCAUUUUCGUCUCUGUCAACGGACAUGAAAUACCGAAAAUAUACUGUGUUAAGCAGCCUUUGAGUCGGCGCCCACUUCGCCGCCACUAGUUAAGCAGUGGCGCAUGCUCGACGGAGCAGUUGAUCUCGUGAGGAGUCAAAUAAAGAUCGUUCUCAAAUCACCUCUCACCAUGAAUGGCCUGAGGUAUCCUCACGUUGUUGCAGUGAUUAUAACUGUCAAUCGAGACGAAGUCUGUGUACUUUGAUGAUUUCCUGGCAACGGUGGCCAAAUAUCAAGUUUUCGCCGGCCGUUCACGCAUACAAUCCGUCAUUUACGACCCCGCAAGAGGACGGACCGGGUAGAUGCUCGGUACACACGGGCCUUUACGUCGAGGGAGAUGUGGGGACUGAUUUUUGGGUCUGGACUUGUGAAAUCCCUUCUCGUAGUAUCGAUCCGAGUGACGAUGUCCUUACUCUGUUUGCUUGGCGACUUCUUAUCCCCGAGAUACUUAAACCGGCUCUUUCUUCAUGUCAACAGUCAUUAGUUCAGAUAAAUGCCAGCUAGUCAGCAGUGCAGUUCGUAACCCCCUUAUCCUUUCUAGCGUUGACAGUGUAACCCGCUGGCUUAGCGAAAUCAUUCGCACGCGUCAUCACACCCCUUAAAUCAUAGUAGUUGGACGCCAGAAAAGCGGUAUUGUCGGCGCAGCCUAGGUCUGUCACUGGGCGUCCGGUGCAACCUCAGCAUUGCGUGGUCCUACAGAGAGUCCAGUAGAUAGGCGUUGCAGAACAGGAUGGGCGACGGAAUGUAACCUUGUCGAACUCCGGGCCGAAUUUCGAACCAUUAGAAGAGGUUGUUGUGGCCCAGAACCCGUGGAGUGGUUGCGGGCCUUGAUCGUGACGAUAAUUUUUGCCAGCAUGCCAUCUAGCUUAGUUGUCCGCCACAGCGAUCGACGGAAUCGAACGCUGUGGCGAAGUCAACGAGGCAGAUGGCUAUCGACUGUCGAGAGGCACGGCAAAGUUCAGGAAUGCGCGCAGUGUAAGUAUCCGGUCAAUUUAUCCACGCUCAACUCGGAACGCAGCUUGAAUGUGUCCCGCCCCCGGGUCGCGCAUACUGGUUUGUGGUAAGAGUCUUUGCGGGGACUUCGAUAAAACUUAAUCCGCGGUAUUUUUUGUACUAGAUUGUCUUUCCUUAAAGAAAGAAUGGCUGAGCCCCAGUUAUCAGUACUGAGUCUGUCUCCCCACGCCUGUUAAAUCACUUAAUGAAGUCAAGGCACCAGGGUUUUGACACUAGGUGUGCGAACUUCAGAGGGGUAUUAUCCUCUGAGUGUCUUGUUGUCACUCAAUCUGGGUUGUCAUAGGUACUAGGAGGCCUCAUUGGAUUCCGAAUAUACACCAGUCCAGUAAGUAACCUGCGUUGCAUUGAAAUGGCUUAGUAAGAUGUUGGGUUACAGACACGUUUACGGCGUGAGUAAACAUUUAACGCAGCUUAUGACUCAGACAGUCUCAUCCCCUCCCACCUCCCCCGAUGAUGCCCGGCCUGCAGCAUGCGACUGAAUUGUUCGUCUUUAAAAUGUUUGCCAUAAUAGUGAAAUUGAAAAACAAUAAAACGCCUGCUGACUGCCGUCUGGCCCUUUUGGUGAUAUUAGCUGACUCUUAAUUGGGCCGAAAACCCUUAUUUGCAGUAAUCUUGCCGUUAUGCCUCCUCCGUGGGCUAUGUGACAAGUCGUUGUGCAUAAACUAUGUUGGCAAAUGCCUUCCUGAAUUUACCGUUCUGGUCCUCGCAGCCAUCUUCGUCAGUCUCGACCACUUAGUGUGAACAAAUACAGCUUAUGUGACCAAUAGUAACCUCGACCUCUAUGGAUAUUCCACGCACGCAUGCUUUAGGGCUUUUGUCACAGCGUUUUGGUCCAUGCCCAAUGGCGACAUCUGCGACUGAUCCAAGUUUCCAGCUACACGAUGGGCAGAGUUCCACAGCAAGCGUUAAUAGACUACCCUCAAGCCACUAUGGACCGCGGUACACGCAGUAAGCGUACUGACUAUGCUGCCGACGUUACGCCACCGACUAGUGUUUUUAUAGUUAUGCACUGGCCAUGCAUCCCAAAUGGGCUCAACUGCAGCUGGGAUUGGUUCAGAAGUGAACUCUCCCAGAUUUGCAUCAUAACCUUCCCACCAACUCAUGUUAGGUGGUGGGGUAGUUAAAGGUUGCUGCGAUAGUACCAAACGAUGAGCUAGGUCGUUUGACUGUCGAGGCGAGCAUGACUUGCGUUUGACACUUCAAAUCAUUGCAACCAGAGCAGGAUCAUCCACAAGAACAACCUAGGGGUAUGAUCGGACAGCUCGAGACGGUUGCCCUCUGAUGGUAAUAGAAACCUGAAAAUGUUUUAUCAGUCGUGCCCAAACCAGCAGUUUGUUUCUGUGGUUGCAUAUCCAGGAAACUGCAAGUAGUCCGUCGGUAACCCGACAGUUAACUGCACCCCUCCUCCCCUCGCCUAGCUCACCCUCUCCAACCGUGCUGACGUCAAUCUAAAAAACGAACUCAACUCCUGUUGACACCAUAGUGGCCAUCUGUAAAUGUGGGUUGGUCAAGGUGGGUCGUCAGUUCUUGGUGAUCUACGCCUGCGGGAAUUGCGAGCCUCAGACCGAGCAAGUAUAGCAGAAAACUAUCUUUGUCUAUAUAGUUAGCUUGAGACGUGGACUCUGCUAAACCAGACGUGGCACUUAUGAAUUAUCCUCAUCUUCUUGAACCGUUUAUUACGAGCCACUGAAAGGCAUUUGCUAAGUUUAUCUCCGCGCAAGCUCUCUGGACCUGUGAUUUGGGGUGGAGUUUUAAAUGAGGAAAGAACGUUCAUCGGGGUUUAACUUUCGGUUCUCAGUUUGUUUCCGCGGUAUUACAGGUCUGCAAUGACAAAUAAGACGACGGUAAUUGCAGCUUGUCCUUGUCAGUAAGCGCCUGCAUGGGACCUUGCCAGAACGAACAGCAGUUUUACACCGCACUCCCUGUGUUCCGGCCUCAGGCGUUUUAGCUAUUCAUAAAACAGUCCACUGUAACCCCAUGUCAGUUGCCCAACUGAUGAUCAUAUAAGAACGUGGACCCGGAUGUUUUUGCUCCUCUGCCCACUGCGAUCACAAAACACACUAUUUCUCAUUAACGGUCCCUCUGCAGAUCAAGCUAAUGCGCUCUCCCUGCCUCCUCCCUUUCUCCAACGCAGUCGUGUCAGAACUGUUCAAGCACCUGCCACUAUGCACCAAGCCCGCACCGUGCCUGCCAAUAGAAAUCGGCGAAUUUCCAGAUAAGCAGUGCAAACACUUCGACCGUGCCUGCCAAUUCGAUGUCCUAGUCUUCCUGGCAGUCGUCUGUGUGACCUACCUUGCACGCAAUGCUGCUUCAUCGGACGCUCGCUUUCCCGGCGCACCAUUCGCCGGAGUACAGAGGACCUCACAGGGUUCGGUAGGGACAACGACCCCCGUCUCCUGGCCCAUCUUACCGCUCUGUCUGGUGAACGCACGCCUCCUGCCAAGCGGCUGUCAACGCCGCUGCUGGUCCCUCCUACGUGACGUAGAGGCUUCCGAGGAUUCGAAGAAGUAGGUGACCAAUGGCAGCCCUUUCGCGUGAACUUUUGCGCGCUUUUUCUGCUCUAAACCAAUGUUCUACGCACUAUUGUAGGUCACUGUCAGUUUUCCUGCAGCAGUUACGUUUUGCGGUCUCCCCAAACAUGCCUGGUGCAGUCCGUCCCUCGGCACGUCUCAUUCUGCGUAUUGGUCAUGUGUUUUCUCGCCUUGUUGACAUGCCCGACAACAGUCUCCUACAGCAAGGGCAAACUGCUGAGGCCAGACAUGAGAUGGCUUCGUGGGCAGCCGGCCUCUAUGAAAUUGGUCUGUCUUCUCUGCAGAAAACCGGAUCCCAGUUUGCGUCCCCGUUAUCCGUGUAUAGGUAAGCCUUUGUGGCAUUUAGGAUCAGUUUCUUUCUCGCACUCCAUCCCUUCUUUCUUCUACCUCCUCUUCCCGUCUUAUUUCUUUGUCACCAUCAUCGUCUUCCUCUUCUUUCAUCCUAUUACUCGUGCCUGCUAACCCUCGGUGUCUGUCGGUCUCGCCUGGGAAGUUGACGUCUUGUACUUCUUGGUAGAGUGGUCUACAGUAGGGGGACGAUCUUUGUUGUCUCAUAUCCGAUAUCUCAGCCUCCAGCUACGAGCGCCGCGUUAAAUUGGGAUCGUUUGAGCUGCCGAUGCACUCGAAGAGGCGAUUUUCAGUGGACAGUUGAGGGAAAGGAGACUCGAAUGUUCCCGACCUAUUGUCCAGCCCAUCAUUAGAGAAGGCAACAGAUAGGAGUAAUGGACGCAUGCUGGAUGCAGUAUUUAGAGGAACCAGUUUGUAGGGCACCACACAUUCAUCAGGAUAGUCAGUUUUGGUAUUCAUCGCGAAUAUUCUAGCCUGGUGCGAUAAUACCUUAGUCGCCCGCAUUCGAGUCGUGAAUUACCUCGACAUCAUCAUUAGUGUUGAUGGUCGGCUUGGGUACUUAUCCACUGCGAGAGUCCUGGUCCGCAACAAUCUUUCCCAACCGUUCGGUAUUCGGUCUGGUGUCCGACAGGGUUGUAUCCUGUCACCCAUACUGUUCAACUAUGCUAUUGACUGGAUCCUCGGGGGGGCCCUACGCGACACUGACGGCGUUGAGUUUGCACCCGGACAUCGACUGACUGAUCUCGACUAUGCCGAUGAUAUCGCCUUACUUGCCUCAAGUUUUGGUGAUCUGCAGUCUAUGGUGUCACGGGUGAACGAGGUCGCUAAAUCGGUCGGUUUGUCCAUAAACGCUGGAAAGACCAAAGUGUUCUCAAGCUGCAUCCCUGACCAGGAGAAGCCACCCCUCGGAUUUACUGCCUGUCAACUUGAAGAAGUAGACAGUUUUAAAUACCUUGGGGCGAGGCUGCUGCCUAAUGGACAGAGUAAGGAUACAUUGUCUCCCGAAUCGAUGCUGCCCGCUGGGUUUUUUCAAGCCUUCGGAAAUGCCUGUGGAACCGUUGGACCUCUCCGUCGCCACAAAGAUUCGCGUGUACCGUGCAGCUGUCCGGUCUGUCCUUCUCUACGGUUGUGAAUGCUGGGCUUUGUGCGUGGAGGACGUGCGAAAACUGGAGGUAUUUGACCACCACUGCUUGAGGACCAUCCUUCGAGUGAAGUUCACCGACUUCGUCUCAAAUGAGACAGUCCGCGCUCGCUGCGACAACAUAGCAAGGAUAACUCAGGCCAUCCAAGAAAGACGACUGAGGUGGCUCGGGCAUGUUUUUCGUCGUCCACCUCAGGAGCUCAGUGUUACUGCCCUCGAUCCGGCACCGUUGCCCCAUUGGAGGCGUCGAAGAGGGGGUCAGUUCAAAACCUGGCUCGACACAGUUCGUCAAGACAUGGAGGUGGUUCUUGGACCUUCGGUAUUCGGUCUCCGUCGUUGGCGAAGGAAAUGGGUUGAGCUGUCCAGAUCUGCUGCCGCGGGUCGUCACGCGUGGAGAGGUACAGUUCGGGACAUCAUCGAGGCCGGCUAGAUCAGGCAUGAUCGCAGCCGUAUCAAGUACAAGCAAGUAAGUGCCCCUAGAACGGGCCGCGCACCUAUAACAAGUGCCAACAUCCAAGGUCAGGUGGCAGGCCCAGUUGCCGGCUUACGUCGCACUAAUUAGUAUCCCAGCCACCCCCACCCCCCAUUGUUGUUUGUCAAAAUCGUGACCAAGUGUUUGUUGUGUGUCAGCGGCUGUGGUGGUACGCCUAGGUGCGAGUUUACGCCGUGCCAGCCACCUGCGUCCUCUUUUGCCUCCGGUCUUCUUGACUCUGUCUUGACACCGGACCCAGGGGCAGGGGGGAGUGCGGUUGAUGCAGCGCAAGUCUGCUAUCAUUAUAAUCUAAUUUACGCGCAAGUCACCGUCCCUGCUCCCACCCUGUUGUGGAGCACACGGUGGACAUCGUCGAAACCGACGUUUGAGCUGUCGUCGUGACAUAUCCACUAUUGACAACUGAGCUCAGACAGGAGACAAUCAUAGGGCGCCGAAUACUCGCUGCAGCGAUAAGAAACGUCUGGAGUCGUUUACUGGAUCUGUUGCAGCUGUGGACAAAGCAAUUACUUCGGAUAAACUGGGACGUUAAUCAGAAUGAAAAUGGCCGAACGCGUAGCAGCAGUGAGGAGGAAUGAUGCCAACAUCCAAGUCCCGACUCAUUCAGCGGAGCCCAGCCAUUGUCAAGUUCGCCAGGGCCGCAGAUCUCGCGAGAGGUGACCAACGGGCGAGUUGCGAGUUGCUUGGCGCACCCACUAAAUGUGCGUAAAGUAAUUUGUCACGCUGGCCGAGUAAUUAUCACGCCAGUGAUCAACGCUGGCGACAAAAUUGAGGCAAUCGCCGUGUCAGAUGCGGGCAAUCAGGCACCAAGUACGAGAAUUGCGGCAGCGCCAUGACAACUGCACUGCAACUCUUGUGCGUUCAUCACCCCUGUCUUUCUCCUUUGCGGAUGACGGGUUCCGGGUGUAAAUCCAAAACGUCAGGCGCAUAGUUUUUGUUUCAGUGAUGGAGUCUCCCUCUGCCUCCAAUCUCUGUUGAGUGCGUCGGAGUCGAGUCUGUGUGUGGGCUGCACGGAUGCGGUACGGGUAAUAGUCGGCGUUUGGGCGCGGGGACAGUAUAUGAACAAAUGAGGCCAACUCGACGGGUCUUAGUCGGGACUCAUCCCAGCGGUUCUGCGGUCGCCCUCGUUGGAUCCACAAUCAUUGCUUGUCAGAGCAUGUAGAUGAAGCUGUUGCAGUAGGAGAUUUGUGGCAGACAUCGCUGCGACGUAAUUGGUAGGGUUGGGGUACUUUUCGUGGUCCCGGUUUCACAUCUGCUACAUCGUACACUCUCAUUUACACUCCAAGUGAAAGCCACAGAUGCCACACGGCCAGACGGGGCAGCAUGGCCCGCAGCUCGUUGAGUGACUGCGCUGCACUCCCUGGAGGGGUCCCGUUGAACACUUCCGACCAGCGUCAAUUGGAACGCGCGACCAAAGUUAGGGUAUAUGUGUGGGGUCCCCUCAACAAUGUUAAUGUUUUGUCGUAUGAGGAGGGGUUGAGUAGCUUUGUCGACAUCAUCGGAGAUGCAAAGGUGUUCAUGAAGGUCACUUUAUAGCUCUAACUUAAGUUAACAGUAGGAGUAUGAACGGAGGCGACGUGGGCGCGGGGCACUCCAGUCUUGCAAGGAUGUCCGCUUGCCUUGACAUCCUGUACUCGGUUGGCCUGCAGGGUAACUUCCCCAGUUCUUACGACCGAUCGCUAUGGUGUGCAUGAGUUUUUCUAAUCUCGGCUGAUUCCCGGGUACAUGAGUGAGGUCAUCAAGGUGUCCAUUUGCCGCCCCUUUUGUCCACCUUACUUACGUGCACCCGCAAUAGCGUCACCACAGAACAGCCGUUUCGACAGCCUCUCACCAGCACAUUUGCUGCCCGCGUCAGUUGUUUCCAGCAUCCGGGUGUCUUGGAUUCUUUUUUACCACUUCGUCUCCAGUACCAUUCAGAGGCAGCUUACGUAAAGGUGACUAAGCCUUCUCGCCUGCUUUUGAUAAACGCCCCACGUUCCCCGCCCCAUAGGGGAACAUUAUCAGGACGACUGUUUUGUACAUCCACGUCGUCACAUUGAGGAGGGUGUCUUGGUGAUAUUCCAGACGAAAUAUUGUAACCUUCCGUAGCCCGUCGGGUUUUAAAACUCCGAGCUGCAAUCUCGUUGUCAAUUUUGGUAUUCCGCGCGAUGGGACGUCAGGUGCGGGGAGACUGCCGCUGACAGUCACCAUGGGCUUGCCUAUUUAACAGUUGGUGUCGAUUGAUGCACGACCUCUGUCUUCUCGAUAUUAACGGUCGUCUCGUUAGUGCUCCAAUCUUAUCUGUAUUUUCGCCUCCGUUGGGGUUUUCAGCUUGCAGUCGUCCGACUAUCAAAAACUUGGGGUCUCAGCCCUGGAUGCUUUUGUUUUGGGCUUACACUCAUUCGAUGUUGAAUAGUUUCUCAUAGUUUAGGUAGCGUUUGUCCUUUCCAGAGCACAUCUCACGGAGGACUACACGCGCCAUUAUGCCGUUGUGUAGUUAUCUGACUACUGGGGCAAAUCUUUCAUGAUAUAUAAAUUUCCAAAGUUCAUGCUCGGUUCAUAAUGCUGAAAACCAUUGUGAGUUCAACGGAGAUAUGUGGCGUCCCAUCGACUCCUUGUCACUUCCGAUCGACGUUGUCCGGAUCUGACACUUCGGCAGGUCCUGUGCUUGAUUUAUCGGCGUAGCCCCUCCCUAAGACGGACGCGUUAGGGUCUCCUUUUAUGUAAUCGUGGUCACCCGCCAUCACUCAUGCAAUUAAUGACAGAAAUGCGGAACUAGAUGAAACUUUAUUAACCCAACGGUAUCAGUGAUAAGGGUAAGAGAACGUAAGAAUUUGAUAAUGUAAGCUAAAGGGGAUCACGGUACACCGUCUGGGUGUCUGUAGGGUAAUUGUUCAGACGUAAUUUCGGCGGUAUUGGCUUGGUUGUCGGUACCUCGGUCCUAGACUACUGUCACCGUAGCUGUGGAAUCGUAAACAACCACCCGUGUCAGAAAAUGAAAUUAACCGCUCGACCUUCUCCAAUCGGUCGUUACAGAUUGUGCAGGGGUAGAUCCACAUCUUUUAUAUAUCCACAUAUCUGUUAAUUUGGUAUGGGAAGAUCCAAGAAUGAGUCUGGACAACUCGCAUGUGGGGGGUUGAAAUUUGUGACAGUUUUGUAUUGUUCAUACCGGGACGGCGCUGCAUCUCAAUUUCUUGCGGCCACCCUGUUUUAGCAAAGCAACUUUACCAACCAGAACUACCCGCAGCGUGUUCGAAGAGUUUGUAACUGGCUGUUUCGAUUCCACCGGUUAGGAUGCCAUCACAAGAGUAGGAAAAGUGGAAAGGGGGGGAGGUAUAUGGGAGUUUGCCGCUUAAAGCACCGUUUUUGUUGACAUCGACGUUGUUAUUGUUGUUUUGGUUUAGUCGACUCCAGAUUUCAUGCGUAAGCCCUCGCUGCGAUUCUCGAAGAUAUGGCACAGGUGGGGCCUUUGAUUUCGUUUGACCUAUGAUUGAGACCCUAGUUUCAAAGGUAUGGUCUCUACUGAUGAGCAAUACACGCUAUUUUAUAAUAUUGUUGUGGCUUUUGACUCAUGUAGGUGGCAAAAUUUGCCCGAUCGGUAUCCAUUCACGCCUGAAGGCAGCACCAUUCCGUGGCACGUUGGCGCGCCGCAUAUGACGCAAAUACGCUCACAGUCAGAUCCCGUCUCCCCGGGGGGUUCCGGGACAGUCAGGUUCUCAGUACCGACACUGGUUGAUACUAGUCCGCCUAAAAUUGACUGAUCUUUCUGUUCCAUUUUAGAGUGUCGAGUGGACGCGCGGCUGAAGAGGAAAACCUCCUCUUCCCCUCAGACCUCGUAUCUGAUUGGUGGCAGGGCACUGCGGCAGAGAGCGAUCCUAACGCUGAUCAGGCUUGGUUCUGCUCCAGUUGGAUCUGGCUUGCCACCUGGUUGCUGCAUCAAAUGGAACCCCCUACGGAGCAGAUCGGCAAGCGCAUCUAUCAUCAUAUCCAUCUGCUGAAGACUCAACGCACCUGCCCAAGCUUCAAAAGCGCCCAUUGUUGUCUGCUUGCCGGUCAGUUAACGAACACCCUACUCGCCAGCGUGAGGGGCAGUGCUCCACCGCCUCUGAACAACAUCACAAUGACCUCUCUUGUGACUACAACAGAGCUCCUUCUUAACAGCGCACUUAACGCACCAAAAAAACCAUCCGUUGCUGGGGACGAUUUGGUACUACCAUUAGAAAUGCAGUGACCCUUCAGUCUGUUUAUAGCCACUGUGACUCCACAGAAACACCGGCCUCAUGUGUGCUGUCUGUCCUUUUAGGUUCUCUCGAGACAGUUGUGUGCCGAGCUCGAGCGUCUUCGAGGCGAACGUACCAGCGUGACGCAAGGCGAUCCUGGUGAGUGUACGAGGCACACGCACGCACGCACGCAUCUUGAAAGUGCGCGUGUGUGUGUGCCAGUUCAUGCGCUACCCCCCUCUGUCACUCGCACCUUUUAUCUCUACUUCCUUCUGAAUAUCCCGCUUCUGUCGCCUCUGUGCCUGUGCAUUCAGAGUUUCUUACUCGGGUAGAAUGAACCGAACAUCCGCUUCUAGUAGUAAGCGACCGUGAGGCAGGCUGGUAUUACUCGUACUUUAUGCGUCUGUGAUCAUGCGUGAUCAAGCUGGCAUCGAUGGUGUCGCGAGUCAUGCCUGUACACGCUGGAAGAUCCGCGGUAGAAAAUUUGGUUGGCUGGGUGUACUCUUCUGCAGUGACGAAGACCGGACAUCGUAGGUCCUAAAACCACCUCUAGGUCUUUGCGAACUGUGUCCGAGCCAGCUUCAUCUUCACGGCCUCUGGUCGGGCAGCUUUCUCGGAUUACGGCCGGCGGCACAGAACUCCCGCGACGGGCUACAUCAGUCGUCUUUUCUAUGGCUUUAGGUAUCCUCGCGAUCUGGUCCCAGUGAGUGGGGAUUGCCGCAUUCUAGACGAAGUCUGCUGGUUUGGGAGCACAGUAGACGAAGUUGCUAUCACUGCAGCUGCAUAAUAAUUGUCUGGCGACCAUAACCUUACCAAGGACAAGAAGAGGAAGAACGAUGUUAGUGAGUUUUAUGAUAGCCAAACGAGAACACCGCUUACUAUGGCUGGUCGCACUAUCUCUGCCUUGCGUAUUGGAUGUGGCGAGGAGGAAAGGGUUGGCACCGCUACCGCAUGUCGCAUCGACGAAAGAUAUAAUCUUAUAAGAAGGAAGUUUAGUAAUGUUGCAUACUCAUUCUCGAGUCCAUAAUCAUAGAGGGAAGAUUUUGCCGACUUUUGUAUGCCUAUACCGAGCGAUCCAGUUCAUCCACUGGCUGUUCCAGCGUAUACGCGGCUCGCUCCCCUUCUUACUGUUGAGCUGUUUUACAGCGACCACGGGUUCAUUUGGCCUGUCAACCUGAGUGGGCAUUUGAAUGUGUUUUCAAUGAUUUUUCUCGCCUCCAGCGAGCUGUUUUGUGUCAACCCGCGGUCCGUUCUUCUUAUGGGUGUGUUCUGCGAGUUCACACUUGCCCGCUAAUUCUCCAUGCAUCUCUGAUGCAAUAGAUACACUGUCCUGUGCGCGACCGAGCACCCUACCUUCCCGGCAGUCUGUAUAAGACUGUUAUCUGAUGUUCUUGAAAACGAUUAAAGGGUCCUCAGGUUUAGAGUCAGGACAGAUGCCACCUGGGAAAACUUUAAGUUUACCGAUGUAAACUUUGAAGAAGUCAGAGUCGGCAAACGUACGUUUUUGACUAAUUAUCAUCAGAACAGUACAGUGGAAUAUGUCUGGGUAGAGCAGCGGAAGUUAAAAAACAGCCAAUGAACGAGAGGAUGGGAGGAGGGGGUUGACGGCGUCCAGACAUGUCGGAACUGAACCUAGUUCUGUCAGCGGGUUAUGUCUGCGUUUCAUCGCUGUAACGCAACGUGGUAGGAUUCAGAUACGAACAGGUAAUUCCCUAUUUGGGCCAGGGCAGCUUGAGGACUUUGACAAACGUCUUCUAUGAGCAUGAUGUUAUGUUGGCCACCGCCUCUUUCGUAGCAAGUAUCCGCUGACGCAGGAACUUGGAGUGUCUCACCGGCACUUCUUAGAUGACCCGAAAUGCCUGAUUGGCAUCAACCCGGUGGUCGCUGCCAACCAGGUGAGCCGGAAUUUUGCUAGAGAUGGGCUUCCAUGCUUUGAUUUAGCCAGGCAGGAUGGUACUCUCGCAUCCCACCACGCCGCGCUACGGCGACGAAACGCAAACGUAACCCACUGACGGAUGCCCCCUCCCCCCACUCCCCUUGCCCCCAAAAGUGUACCUGGAUUGUCCCAUGAUUCUACAUGCCUGGACGCCCUCAACCCUCUCCCUAAUCAUGGCCGUUUUUCAAUUUUCGCCAUUUUAACGUGAUUUAUAUUGUCGUACCGACCUUGAUGAUGAAUAAUCGGAAAUGUACGUUUGCCGACUCUGACUUUCUCACCGUGGAGUCUGUUGGUAUUCAAAGACGGUUUUCAGGCAUCUCAUGUAUUCGAGUCUCUUGCUCUCCGGCCAGCUGAACUAAUUUUCAAACAAACGCUCCGUUUUUUCGAACCACCGAAUCUCUUUUCCUCCCCGCACACUUUCUUAUGUCCCUCCGUACUGUCCACUGAGCCGUGUUUGCUCCUCUAAAUAAAGUCCUUUACAACACGACGUCUCGUUCUUCUCUCCUUUAAAUCCUUCUUGUUAUUCCUCCUUGUCAUACUUUCGCACCCUCCUCUCCUAUCAUCUUCGUCGGGGUCAAUGCAUGCGUGAGCAGUCAACAAGCCAAGGCCGACCUCACCUCCCAACCCGAGUUCUCCCAUAACCGUCACAGACUACAGUCAGUCAUACGAGGAGCCGAACCCAACGGACGGUGCAUCAUCACCACCACUACUACCGAUGUUUAGUUCGCAUAUUUACCAACCGGGCGGUGGAAAGCCGUCAGCAGCUCGCGGUCAGGACGCGUCCACAUUGGUCCCACAUAUCUUGGCCUCGUCCGGCAAUGCUACGGAAAGGGCUUCCCGCCAAGACUCGCAACACGGCCUUCAGGACAACCAGGUUAGUUCUUCAGCCCCAGCUUGCCUGCUCCCUCCGAUCUUCUGCGCCUCUCGGGUAUAUUUUAUGACUGGGUUAUCUCCUUUUUGCAAGAAUCUCAUUCUCAUUCGUGGGACUGUCCUCCGAGCCCACUCAUAUCCAGAUCAUGCCUCCUAGGCGGAAAAUAAAGGGACUUUUCAAAGUAGAACUGACGAGCUUAGCGCGUUUCAAGCGGAGCCCGUGAAUAGCACCGGGACUGCGCUGUGAGUGCUCUAGACCAAGAUGAGGGUUAGAUCGACUCGCGGUACGCGUUAGUCGGUAUGCGCAGAUUUUGCGCUUCCCAUAACUAAUGGGGCACGUGCGUCUACAUCAACUGCGCCCAGUACCAGGGCGUUGGGUCCUGUCCCGCCACGUUUAAAGUCGUGCCUUAAGAACUUGUCUACCGAUAGGAUAACUGUCUUUCUGACCACCGAGAGGCUUCAAUGGCCCCUUCUAAACGCGAUCCUUAUGGCACUCGCGGUCGUAUAAAAGCCAAGUCGCCCUUAUUGUAGACAGAUACGUGUUCUCUAAACGGGCCACGUGUUAGAUGCGCUGGACCAACACGGGGGCCACAUCGUACUCUGGCAGGCGUUAUCUGUGCGCAAUAACAAAUGACAACACUUGCGGGUUGCGCUGGCAGACCCUGUUGUCGGCAAUCGUCGCACAACUGGACCACUGCCAUCGCCCCAUUGUUUUGUGGUCAAAAUCCUGGUCAUUUGUGUGUGGACCAGGGGGUGUGGAAUGGAACGCCAAGGCGAGGAUCCGUCCGAGUCAUCCACCUGCGGCCUUACCCCGUCUCCGGACUUCUUGACUUGGUCUUGACACCGGGCUCAGGCGGGGGAGGAGGAGAGAGUGUAGGUUGAUGCUACGCAAGUCUACUGGCACUAUAAACCUCAUGCGUAAGUCGCCGUCCCUGCUCCACAAUGCGGCCUGUGGGGCACACGGUGGACGUCAUCGAAAUCGAUGGUCGAACUGUCGUAGACAGAUACAUCUGAAUUGGGGGCGGGUGUGGCACGUGUAUGCGGACUGUCUAACUUUCUCAGCCUCUGUGCUCGCGCCCACUUCUGGUCGUUUUGAUGUCCCCUCGCCAUUGGGACAUCGUGGGCGAGAGAGUGCUGUAGAUGCUGCGAAAGUCUGCCUCACUGUAGUCUGGUCCACGCGCAAGCCACAAGCGUUGUGUUCACUCCAUGGUGGACGUUGUCGCUUGCAACAUUUAAACUGUCCAGUUAACUGAAGCGUCAAUUCGAGCGCGAUUGCAAGUGUACUUUUUGGACUUUCUGCUGGUUUGAGUGGUUGGCUGUAUCAAGCGUUUCUUCUUCUCCGAAUAGAUGUGCGAGAAUACUUUGUAUUGCCAAAUAUUGUGAAACACAGUCAGUUUCUUCCUAUGCCUUUGUUUGGAGAACUGGCAGGUCAAUAUCAGUCGGAUAUUUAUCUUAAACCGUGGGACUUCUCGUUCAAACUACCUACUGUUUGAUCUAGACUGUCCCAUUGCCACAGUUUCCCAACCGUACAUUAUGAGUCUGAACAGUCUUUCUGGAUCCUUUGAAUUUCUGCACACCUGAGUGUAGUCAGCAUAGUCACUUGUUCUUUUCUUUGGAGUCUUACGAGGACUGCGGCUUUUUUAUUUCAUCAGAAGUUAGUCGCUAACUCUUAGUAAAUCAGUCUGAAUUAGAUUUUCUACACUCGAACUUAUAGUUUGCAUGAAUAUUUGGGCCGAAGUCCAUCAGACGCAGCGGGAUAGUCUCUUAAUAUUCAUAAACUGCCAAGAGUCAGCCAGUAGCAUGUACAUAGGCUACGAUGUACACCAUACUUGACAGCACAGUUGUUAUCCAAAAGCCCGGACACGUGUUUCGCCGAUAUUCUGCUGUUUCUGCGAGGGGUUCGGCUUAUCAGACCGAUUUACUCCAAGUUAGCGCAUUAAUUACGCGGACAUUUCGAAACCCGAGUAUCUGCCAGAAAGCACACGGGUGACGCUGGGGAGCUCGCGGAUGAGCCGAACCUCUCACGGUUGUGUCAUACAACAAAAGAAUAUCGCACAACGCGUGUGAGCCUUUGUAUAGUAUCUAUAUCAUCAAGUAUGGUGUAUCGUGUAUCGCCUUAAGGUUUGUGUGUGUCUGCUAUGUCAUGACUCAGCAAACCCUGGCUCUCGCAAGCUGGUGUGUGUUGGCAGUUCUCUGACACCUGGUUCCCUUCCGGUAGAUGUUUUUGCGCCUCCGCUGGGUUACUGGUCGCGUAAAUGGCUGCCCAGUCAUCCUCUUCUCUCUGACUCUUUCUUUGUUGUUGUUGGCAAAAAUCCUGGUUAGAUUGUUGUGAACCAGAGUGGCGCGGUAGUAGGCCUAGCUGCGGAUUCGGCCGUGCCAGCCACCCGCGCGCACUCCCGCCUCCGGUUUUCUUGGCUAUGUCUUGACAUUGGGUCCAGGUGGGGAAGAGGAGAGAGUGCUGUAGAUGCUGUGCAAGUCCACUCCCACUAUAAACUAUUUCGUGCGUAAGUCACUGUGUCUGCCAAACCUUGCUGUGGAGCACAUGGAGAACAUCGUCGGACACGACGGUCUAACUGUUAUCGUGUAACCUACGUACACACGACAACUGCAAUGUCUAAAUAUAUAAUACCUUGUUGUAUUUAUGUUUUUUCUCCUUCGUUAGAGUAACCUCGUCACACAGAUGGUGGAUCGGUGGCUUCCUGCCUUUACCGACUUCUCCCACCAGUUGGCGGAGACUUCUGCUGAACUCUCCAAGAGUCGUAUGCACAAUGAGCAACUGUCGAGACAGUUGCAUGAGACCCAGACCCAAUUGGACUCUGUGCGAGCGGACAUAGAGCGUCUAAAAGGUGAGGAAAAAGCCAGAGAGCAUUUACAGAAACAAACUGCACAAUCCACUUCCUUGACCGAUUGGAAGGCUGUCCAGGAUUCUCUCAACGAGGUCACGGCCUCCCUCCGCGAGUUGCGACAGUGGUUACCGGCUCUGGUUUCUAGGUCAGUGCAGAGCGCUGUGGAGGCCAGCCUCCUAGCCUCCAGUCUGCCACCUACAAGGCUACCGCCGCCGCCGCCGCCAACACAACCGAACAUGCCGUCAGAUGCUGUGCCCGCACCCUUGCAGUCCGGCUGGUUCCCGUCUGCCGCCCCGACCGCCUCUUGCCCACCAGGCGAACACCUCUUUCCCCAACUCGUCUCGGCGGCGGCCGCAGCCGCAGCGGCAGCCGCCUCUGCUGACAGCCAACAACGCGCUCAGCUUGCCCUAGCCAUGGCAGCUCUACAGCAGUCGGCCCAGCCACCGCCACCGCAGAUACCACCACCGCCGCCGCCACCAACAAUGCCGAUUCCCUGUCUGUCGCCGCAGCUCCCCUUUACCGGUACGUGAAGUCCUAUGGCUUUCGUCUGUCAGAUUGGGCUUGUGUUUUGAGAAGCUGACUAGUGGACUGGAAAGUCAGGCUGCAUUGGCGCCGUCGUAGCGUAACCUCCAGCAGUCUCACUCAUGUGAGAUGCAUGCCGCAAACCUCCUGUUGAGUGAAAUCCUGGGGCUUGUGCUUGGGGGGAAGGGGGCAGGUCGUGUAUGUGGCACGCGCAGACGGGGUCACUAGUUAUGUCAACCACUGCACACCCAUUCCUCGCACUAGGCAACUGACCGACCCGGACGGUGUCUGGGGUCUGGGAAUGAGAAUAAAGUGAGUUCAACGACUCAGCGCAUUUUCCCCACUCUAAACAAUCAGACGCGCUUGAAGCGAUCACAGUGCGCUAAACGCCGUGGUUUAGAUGGUUGCUAACCGAUGGCCCAACGUCUGUUUGUAUGGAGUGGCUGACUGAUGGUCUGAAAGUCGGACUGCAAUGGAUCCUUCCUAAUGUGGCCUUCAUGGCACUCCCACCUAGUGGGAUCGAAGCUGGGUGUGGCGGCACGCCUAGGGGUGGCUCCGGCCGCCCCAGUGGUCGCUCUUGUUGUUGUGGGUUAAAAUCCCGGCCAAGUGUUUGUUGUGGACCAGUGGGGUGGGGUAGUACGCCUAGGCGCGGAUCCGGCCGUGCCAUCCACCUACACUCUCUCGCGCCUUCGGUCUUUUUGACUAUGUCUUAACACUGGGCCCAGGUGAGGGAAGAGAGGGUGCGGCAGGCGCUUUGCAAGUCUGCCGCCAUUUUAAAAUAAUUCACGCACAAGUCACCGUGCCUGCUCUCACCCUGCUGUGGACACACGACAGUCAAACUGUCGUCGGGCUUUAAACUGAACUGUCAGACUAGGUCGUAUCAGCCCUUCACAAUGCUGGCUCGAAAGCGAGUAGUCUACUUAGGUACUAUUUCAUCAGACCUAAAAAGCCAGAAAUGGCCAUUCCAGUCUCUCUCGUCCUUGUCGGUAAUGCUAUUCUACCACUUGUAAUCACUUCUCUGAGCUUCUUUUCUCAUUCUCCCUCCCUACCCCAAGGUGCCCCUGCUGCUGCCGCCGCUGGAGACAAGGCUGCCGUCGAGCGUUUCAGUCUGUCCCAACCUCCACAUCAGCCCGCAAUCACAACAGCAGCCCCUGCUCUGCGUGGCCCAGCACCACCUUUCGUCGGCCCGCAGCUGCCCUUUGGCUCUGGCGCACCCUUUGGCACCGGAAGUGGUUCUCCCCUCCGUGGCGCCUCCACUGAACUCCCUGGCGUGCGGCCGUUUGUGCCACCCGUCGUUAAACCGCCCAUUUUCUCGGUUCCUCCACAGUCCGAAACCGGUACCGUCCUGAAACCUGCCCAGUUUAGUUUCCCGCCAAAAUCAACUGCUGCUACUGGGCAACUAUCCUCCCUGCUGACAGAAUCCCCACAGAAGAAGGCAUGUCUCUUCUUUCCAUACUGGCAGUCUCUCUCUUCCCUUGUUUGCUGAUAUGCGAAGUUUAUGUACCAGUGGAAGCGAAUAUGCGUAUCCCAGGUUCUUGUUUUAAAGAAGAUGAACACACCAUCUCUGGGGCAGUAGGUGUAUUAGUCUGAGCUUUCGGUCUCGUACAGGAGGCCACCGUCAGAGACUGUGAGAAUGCGGCAUAAAAUGAGCAGUUGUUGUAGUCAAGCCAUGAAGGGGGGAGGGGAAUAUGAUUGUAGAGGGUGGUAUUCGCGAUAAGCUGUCCCACGCCGUCUCACGGCGGCGCGACUUCGUGCACCCUUGGCUGAAAAUUGGGUCUCACCUCUUGGCCGCGGGAACGGAGCACGUGAUAGCAGGGGGGCAUGUCAACGUGUCUGUUGAUAGAGUUUGUGUCAGACACCCAGGCCUCCAACAGUUCUCGCCCUGUUUUGUUGCUGGCCCGCGCUACUAUCCGCGUGCUCGCGAAGUUGAAUUCGUGGCCUUCCUGCAGGGUGUGAGUGGCGACUUGAGACAACGGGUCGCCCCUCCUGACCGCCCGUUUAUGCUCACCUACUGUCCCAGAGAUCGUGUGUUCAUCUUCUAUGUACUAGUGUUUGAAAGUGGAUUGUCCAGUGGUCAGCCUAAUGGUGCCAGUGGUCACCCCAAGCUCUCGAGGGCUGCAGGACGGAAUACUGGAGGUCCAAGUCCACUCAACUGAGCUCAUUGUGAGAGAGGGAGAGAAUCGUUGCAAGGCCAUCUGAGUCACUUUUCUUCGAUGUUCUGAGACAUCCUCGUGACGAUUGUGAACUGUCUUUCGUGUAGAAGUCGGGGUACUUCGGUCGAAGGAUAAUCCCCAGACAACGGUGGUCAAACACUCCCUUUUCACUAAUUUUCCACUCACACACAGGAGGACUGGCUGGAUGGAUGCUCCGUGCACACUGUUGUUUGUCACAACGGGUGAAAGCCGAUCGAACAGUCGUGAUUUGGGUGACGAUGUCCCUAAGGCACUCGAAACUGACCUCUCUUUUUUGAUCCUGACUGCCAUGAAUCCCGGGAGUUCAACUCAAACCCACUUUGGUUUUUCUGACCUUGAUGGUCGAAAUCAUUCACCCGUGACACUGUAUUGUGUAAGUCAUCAUAGGUAGACGCCAGAAAAGCGGUAUCGUCGCUUUAUAAAGUGGUCAGCCAGUCAGGGGCUCAGAUUCGCCAUUCGCAUAGCUGCCUGACGUUGGCUGGUGGUAAACAAUGCUUAUAUUGUGGAUUUUGAUUAACAUAGAUGUUACCUUCUUCUAGGAAGUGACUACAAAGUCGCAAGUCGAAGAGGGCUUAUCCGGUGUUUCUGCCACCGCCGUCACUGCCACCAGCAAAACAUCCUUGUUCCCCACAUUCACCCCAAGCUUUGGCGCCGCCGGUCCCAAGACAACUCAGCCAUCAUCGUCCCUCUUUGGUGGACUCAGUUUCUCCAAGUUUGGCGAGACUCCGGUGACCGCAGCCAAGACCUCACCCGCAAAACCCAGCCCUGCUAGCACUGAGCCUCAGAAGCCGCCGAGCACGCUGUCCGCGUCGGCAGACCAGAGCGGAGACGCACCAGAGGCCUUCGAACCCGCAGUCGACUUCCAGCCCUGCGUCGAGAAGCUGCCCGAGCUGGUGGCGCAGCGCACAGGCGAGGAGCAGGAGGAGCGCAUCUUCUGCCAGCGAGCUGUGCUGCAUCGUUGGGACCGAGAAGCUGGCGAGUGGAAGGCACGUGGCACCGGUGAGAUCCAUAUCCUCGCGGAUAAGGAGAAGAAGCAGUAUCGCGUGGUGAUGCGUCGUGACCAGGUGAGCCUGUCGGACUGUCUAAUCAGUGUUUGAGUGUAGUCCGACAUUCAGUCAACUUCUUCGCUCCUUUCAUUGUUCACACAAUAAUGCCUUUUAGGGGGCAAGCUUCGUUCUCUGAUUGUCAGUUCCGCCUUUACUGCAGACCGGGCUUUCAUGCAAUAUAAUGUUAGUGGGUUGUCACUACUGCCCUUCCCGUAACGAAGGUUUUCCUUGCCAUGAUUUUCGUAGAUACCAUAACCCUACGUCAGUAGCGUUAAUAUAUGCUCCCCAGUGACCGUCUCAGGAUCUCCGCAUGUCGGGGGAACAAGUUUGUGCGAUCCCCGGGUGUCUUAUGAGAUGGUGUGUUUGCUAAGGAUCUAGUGCUUUGAGCAGUAAAUUCAACCCCCCCCCCCGUGUUCUUCGCAACUUCUGUACACUGCCCACAAUCUAAAACUCGCGGGUUGCCCUCAUUGUCGUGUCUAUUGAGUAGGCGACCAGUGCCGUCUGUAGACUGAUCUGUAGCAUCCUAUCUGGCCGUGACUGGUCUCCACCGCCUCAGCUUGCCUAAAUCAGAUAACCGCGAGACCAGUUUCCGCCAGACUUUGCUUAACUCCCGUACCUUUAGUCAUGUCGAGGCCAUGAUCCCGUGGACCUCAUCUAUCCAGAUAUAGCAGUUGAUUAGGCGAUUGCUAGACACCCAUGUUCCUUGCAGUUCUCCAAUCGGGUCCUCAUCACUUUGACCCAUAAUCCUGACGGUGUCAAGGUAAAACUGGUAGUCAGCACAGAAAACACGGAUGCGCGCCAGACAUUUCGAAUGAGGCCUCUGGGCCGUCAGUUGAUGCUCCUGUGUAGUCAGCUAUUUUUAGACGGCUUCCUCCAACGUAUUUACAUUCUUGACAAAUGCACUGCGCCGGUGGCUACUCCUUUGGUUACUGCUGAAUACUUCUCCACAACACGGGCUGCUCAACUCCGUGGGAUCCGAUCCAGGUUUGACGACACCGCCUAGGUGCGGCUCCGGCCGUGUCAGCCACCCUCUUUGCUGUUGGUUAAAAUCCUGGCUCUUUCCUGUGUGGGACAGGUGUGGAGUGGAGUGCCAAAAUGCGGGCUCGACCGUACCAUCCUCGUGCGGCCUCCCCCGCUUCCGGUCUUGACACCGGGUCCAUGUGGGGGAGGAGGAGGAGGGGAGAGUGCGGUAAAUGCAGUGUAAGUUUACAUUCACUUUAAACUAAUUCACGCGUAAGUCACCGUGCCUGCACCCUCUUGUGGAGCAUACAGUGGACGUCGUCGGCAACGAUGGUCUAACUAUUCAUACAACCUUUUGUAUCGCAGCCGGUAGUUAAGUGCUUAAAUGUGCUGUGCCUGUCAAUUCAUAAAGUCGGAUAAGGACGCGCCUAAGAGGGCGAUUCGAUCCCCACUGCUUAAUUUACUCAAGCCUUAAAGUACGCGACUACGCCAUAGUUCCACAGUUGCAAGCGACGAGAUUCAACAUCGUCCCCUGAGGACGCAGUAGUAGGUUGUGCGUGAAUUUUUUUCAUCAGACCAACUCUGGUAAAGGGGCGCCCGCCGGUCGUCUUACGAAGCAUUCUUGCGCCGUUGUGCCUUAGGGCCGAAUCUAGGACCUACCUCUAUCCCUACAUCGACCCUGUCCCCUGGCAAUACAAAGUCUAAGCUGCUGGGCUUUUUCGUGGACAGAGUGGCUAAUAAGGUUAGAUAGCCUGCCCGCACGUGCCACUAGUCACCCGAUUCGUAACCACGUCUGACAUAGGCCGCAAAGAUCUUAAGGACAUCCUAAGGGCCAGGCGCAGAUGUCACACCAAAAGGUUUGAGUUCCUGGGCCCUCAAGACCCGUCUUUCGAGGUUUGGAGAAUAUCCUGAACCAUUUGCCACUAAGUAUACACGUCAGUGCCCUCUCCAUCAUAUUGACCUUCAGGAGGCAGUUCUAGCCUUUGCACGUUGCAUGCGUACCAGUCCAUUUGACGGGAAAGUCCUUCAAUGAGCGCCCGAACCGGCUGCUUUAUUGCACAAUUGUUUUGCCAAGUCUACUUUGGCAGAUUUAUUGGAAAGUCACCUUGUCCCAACCUGUUUGAGCAUGCAUUUGUGAAGAGAGUGGAGCUGUGCACGCGUCGAGGGUUAUCGAGAAACAAUCUGCUCUCACCGAAGAGCUUAUUGAGUCAGUUGAAGCACAUGCGAACAGCUAAAGGGCACGCCUUUGCGCAAAACAACGCCAGUGUUUACUGCUUUGGUGGUUUCUUCCACAACACGUACACAUUUUAAGCACAAUACAGUAGGUGGGCUAACUCAUGAAAUGUCAGCCGAAAUUUCGAAAUACGUUCCCGUUUCGAAAAGAUUAAUUAAGUAGAUUUGUAAAACUAAUCAUUUUGCAGCAUAAUUCUGUAAUAAUUCAGGUAUUUUAGGCUGCCGACUUUCGAAUGAACUUCUUUCCGGCUGCAUACAAGAACUGUACUCCGCAAAAAAUGACUACUUAAGUAGCAGGCAUUUGUCUCAUGGAUUUUCGAUGCCCUUCAAAAGUCAACUAUAUUUCAUGGAAAAUAUGCAUAAACAUAUGCAUCCUUUCACCCUUUCCAUAGGAAAUUACGUCUUCUUCCAAUUUUAUACUCGAAGGAAGGAUAUUACUCGGUUUUUAACUUUUCCAAUUCCCAAAUAAUUUUGGACCCGACCUGCUGUUACACUUGCAUUCAGGGUUUCCAAACUACAGGUCGAAUAUUUUCCGUGUAUGGAAAACCAUACGUUUCCCUACGUUAUUAAGAGGAGACUAUAUGGGUUUCAUAAAAUUUAGCACUGGAUUUGAGCCGUAUUGUUAACUUUGCAAGCCACACUAGUAAAUGCAGAGACAUGACGUUUUAUGAAUGGCCAUUUCACGGUAUUAAAAAAUCGCAUAUUAGAAACUUUUUCAAAACCACAUUAUUAUACCCUUCCUUUGAGUAUAAAAUUGGGAAAAAAGACACUAUUUUCUACCGAAUGAGCAAAAUAACGAGUAUUUUUAUGCAUGUUUUCCACUAAAUAUUGUUGGACUUCUAGGGACAUCGAAAAUCAGUGAGAAAAAGUCACGCUACUUAUGUAGUCAUUUUUAACAGAGUAUGGUUCUUGCAUGCAGACAGAAUGAAGUUUAUUCGAAAGCCUACACCCUGAGGUAACUGGAUCAUUAUAGAAUUAUACUGCAGGCCGAUUUGUUUUACAACCCUACUUAACUAAUCUUUUCGAAACGAAAACGCAUUUCGGAAUUUCCUUUGACAUUUCACGAGUUAGCCCACCUACCGUAUAGCGAUAAUACUUUGACAAUACUCAACUAGGUCACUGCGGAGGGCCUUAACCUACAGCUGCACCUAGCUGUCCCCAAAGUGCUUUUUGGAAUAGAGCAGGGGGUGAAAAACCAACUUCGAUUUCUAGCCGGAGCUGUGGGGCCGGGAAAUUCAGAACGGAUGCCACUCACGUGACGGGUAUCGUAAGGGGUGGGGCUAGAUUCCUUUCGGUGCUCGGAGUGUGGGUUGCUCACAAGCCUGACUCCAUUCAGCUGUCUGGUAAUGCCCUCAAAUGACUCGGCAGAAGUAGCCGGAACCGCAACUGCUUUCGAGAAACCAGAAGGCAGCUACGGACUGCGCAGGCGCUUCAGCUGACAGCGUGGAGGAAGUUAUUGCUGCAGGUCUCUUGAACCUAGAGGUGUCGGCAGCACGACCUGGUUAUCGUGCAUUCACACUAUCCUAACCACACCACGUGGGGUCGAACAGGGGCUUAGUGGCUUCGCAUCCGCCUGACGAGAGGUCAGCCAGUCUAGAAAAGGACGCGAACGCGGAGGGCACUAAUUACCGUUAGACAGGACACGUAAUGCGCGCACGUUGUGGGCUUUGUAAUGAGGACUAUGUACUGUACUUGCCAAUCCUUGCUGAUGGUCAGUUGAACUUGCUCGUUGAAAGGUCGAGUCCUAACUGAAUCUGCCACAGUUAACGCCGCAUUCCCCCGUAGACCCUGUGUAUUCUUGCGGGGAAAAAACCGAGUCACAUCAGAGCUCUAGUGGUAUUUAGGAUGGAUCCCUCUGCCUUAGCUGCUAGUAAUGGCUUAAUUUACUGUCUAAUAGUUUCGUUGAGAAAUAACAGGCGGAGAAAUGUUUUUGUUAUGAGACAGCUUGUUGGCCAUUCAGCAUUUCAGGUCGUCUGAAACACACAAAAAUGCCAAUGUCCACCAGGGUGCGAGUUCCGAGCAGUUGUUCAGAAGAAGUAUGGUCGAUAGCUGAAACGACGUUCUACAUUUUCUCCGUAUUUCUAUUCUCUUUCGCCUCCAAAAGGCAUUUCAAACGUGGAUCUGGAAUGCCUGAAAAUGAAGCCCUUGCAUUAGUGGUCGACUUAUUCCACGUAACAGAAUCUCGGCGUUGGUCUGCGUAAUGAACUUUGCGUUUCUCAUACUACUGCUACCACGGCAGUAGCGAGAGCUGUUUGGACGCCAGAAGCGAAAUGUGCCAAGUAAUUUCUGAUUUACCUCAUCGCAGACCUUGCUGAAACUGCCGCAAUCACAUGAAAGUGGCACUCGACAAAGUGUGGACGAUUCUGUUUUGUCUGGGGCCACUGACCUAGAACUCUCUCAGGUACAUCAGGGCUUGCGGUUAGGCUAUGGCAAAAGGAUGGCGGCAGAUAAGCCAGUAAUGGCUAGCCGAACUCCCUUUUUAUCCGCAACCGUUCUAUCAUCAGCCUGACGUAGGUGAGCCAUGAGGGUUCUAAGUGGCAGCUUCUUUCAUUUACAUGGAAAAAUCGUACGUCCUUGUGAGUCGUUCCGUCUGCAAGCUGCCCCAGCGCAUACUGAUCUCCUGUGCGAUGCACUGCCAGUUUACCGGGCUAGGACAGCCGUGAAGGAAUCGUCGAGAUUAAUUAGAGGUAACCAGGUAAACAAUUCGUCCGAUGGGAAAUUUGACGAACUUUUGGGACGGCUGGCCGUUGCUUGUCUGACAAGCUCACCGCAAACCGUUGACCGCCUGGCUUGACCAAGGUGCCGUCGAUAUCCACUGACUGCAGGCCAGGCAAACCAACCACAGGAAUAGUUCGAAGUCUAUGAUUUCACAAUGCACUUCCGGUCUAGGCUGUAAAGAGUAAAAUCCAAAGCGGUCGAAACUUCAGACAAUUCUCAAGUAUCCCCAAGGUCACCAUAUUCCGCGCACUUACCUGGUCAGAGGAUCAUUUGUGAUCAAGCUGACUGGGAUUCUGCAUCUGUGUACUUCCGCUAGGUCACAACCACCUCCUUCAAUUCACACUCUUCCGUUACCCCUGCGAUCGCACCUCGGAGUCUUAACAGGUGCUAGCCUCGGCACAAAGAUGAACGCUUAUUUCAAAUUUUUCGAUUUUUUAAAACAUCGACUAAUGAGCCCUUCUUCGUACCGUUAGAUGACUGCUUUGCUAAUCAUUGAUCUUAACUCUCUUCACUGCGUGACUUCUCUUUGCAUGUAGACAUAUGCUUUUUCCUGACCUUGUGCUGUACUCUUUAGCCGUCUGUUUCUUUCGUUUCAGAUUAAGAAACUGUGCGCCAAUCAUUUCCUUGCCACAACCCUCAACUUCCGAAAGCACCCCCAGGAUCCACGAUACCGCAUGUGGAGCGCUCGAGACUUUGCCCACAUGGACAUCGACGCCCCGUCCAACGAGGGCACCGACGAAGUCUUCAUGAUCUGCUUCAAGACUGCGGAGCUCGCCCAGGACUUUGAGAAUGUUGUCCGAUCCUGUCUUGCCCAGCUGGAGUCGCAGCCGACAUCGCAGGAUGCUACUGGUAAAUCCCUCCUGCCCCAGCCGCCCUCUUCGACGGCCAGCAGCAGCGGCAAGACGACGGCGACCACAGCCUCCAAGAGUGCUCUCGCCGCCCCUGCUCCGGGACUUGAAAAGCUUCGUGCUAAGCAAGGCUCCUGGGAGUGUUCUGUGUGCACCCUCUCUGUGGAUGCCAAACUCACUGUCUGUCCGGCCUGUCAGGCCGUCAAGCCGGGUUCCCAAACUACCACUGCAAGCACCGCCGCCGCCGCCAGUACGACACCUUCUGGACUGGUGUUUUCCUUCAAAUCCGCAGUCUCGCCUAGUGCUGGGGCGAAGCCGACCACUUUUCAGGCUCCCCAGACCUCCGGCACGCCACCCCCUGCCUUCCGCUUCGGUGCUUUUUCGACACAAUCAAGCUCCGUCUCCGGUGGCAGUCAAGCUACCUUCUCCUUUGGCGCCCCAUCCCCCAGUAGCAGCGGCCAGACCAGCAGCAUCCCCUUCAGCCUUUUCGGCUCCAAGUCGCAAACCAACACCCCUAAAACCGCCCCUGCGCCUACAUCUACAAGCACACCGACAGCCUCUCCAGCAGGUGGUGGUGCAUUUGCUGGCUUAAACCUAGCCGAUGCCUUCCAGUCGGCGGCCAAGGGUGGCUUUACGUUUAGUCUAAAACCCGCCAGCAGUCCGAGCAAACCCAGCCCUGCGGAGGGGCAGGUAAACACCUCGGAGGGGGGCACCACAGCCGUCGAUGACAGCAACGAGGAGACGCCGACCGAUCUGGACAGUUCACAGUUCAAGCCCCUCUUAGACCACUUGCCGGAGAAGAUCGUUGUCCAGACAGGGGAAGAAGACGAGGAGAUCGUUUUUUCUGCCCGGGCUAAGCUUUACCGCUUUGUGCCAGCUUCGGAGGGCAGUGCUGAGGGCUGGAAGGAGCGUGGGAUAGGCACUUUGAAGCUGCUGCGCUCAGCCCCGCCCAAUAGCCGCGUGCGUGUCGUCAUGCGCAGAGACCAGAUCCUAAAGGUCUGUUGUAAUCAUCCCAUCACGGCAGAGAUGAAACUUCGACCAUUGCAACAACAGCGGACAGCAGCCACAACGCCCACACUCGCCUGGAUCUGGUGGGCGGUCGACUUUGCCGAAACAGAUGAGGGCGCUGCCGCAGGCGACAGUGGCCGCAAGGAGACCUUCUCUGUGCGAUUCAAGACUCCUGAAGACUCGGAGGCCUUCCAUCAGGCAUUCAUGGCAGCAGUGAAGGCUGCUGGUGGAGAGGAUACCAAGUUGGAACCGCCCCGUUCCAGUUCUACACCCAAUGUACCGGCCAAGAGCACAACCGCUAAGGAUUCGAAGCAGAGCGAGGAGUCAUCAGAUGAAUCCGAUCUGGUGAUUGUCGAGCAAAGUCCGGUACGUUGUUUUUCCCAACUUCCCAUUAGUCUGAACCACCUGUUCAGCGUGACCGAAGAAUUUUUAUGAUAGUUAAAAGUUCAGGGCCGUAGUCUGUUCUGCUGAUGCCUUAACGACUCACCGACACUCGGCAAGUAAAAUACUUCGUAGCAGACUGGGGCAUAGUCGGUCCGAGUAACUGUUACUUUUUUCGCCCCUUCAAGCUCUCACCAGAACAGGUCGAUCGUGCUCGCGCCCUCCAACUGCCCGACGACUUCUACGCCUUCGAGACCGCCCCUAGCGACGCUAGUCAUCGUCGGCACCACCAUCGUGAGGCCAUGAGCCCGGAGGAGGAGGCUGCCGAGGACGCCCUCCUAGAAGCCGCAGUGAAGGCUGGCAGUAGCGCCGGAAAGAGUGGCAGCCUCGUCAUCAGCCUCUCCGAUUCGCCGGAGAAGAGCAGCAGCCUCAGCACGACCAGCGUUGAUGCGGAGGCGGAGACUGCCCCCGCAGCGCCGCCGCAGCCGCCCACCCUCGGCCUAACCUCCCUCAAACCCAAAGCGGGCUCCUGGGAGUGUGACACCUGCACCCUCCAGGCUCCGCCCGACGCGACCAUCUGUCCCGCCUGUCGGACGCCAAAGCCAGUAGAACAACAGCAGGCAGCGGCGACGACGACCGCCGGCACACAGGGCGACUCCCAGAAGAAGCUGUCAGGUAAUUUGUCUCACUUCAUGCCACUGUGUAUGUGUGCACAUGAGCCGUCGACGUCCUUGCCUCUCCGUAGUCAAUACCACAAACGCCGUCCUAUGAUACCCCACCUUACUCCCUUCAGUUGUUUUUCAGUGAGUUCGUAUUUGCGUCUGGAACAAAAGUCGGUAGGGGACUCGUAUAGUGUCUGAGAAAGUGCUCGGCUCCUAAGUAUUUAAGGUGUGGCGUUUUUACAGCUUAUAAGAGAGAAAUUGGCAAGGGUAUGGUAUGUAACCCCCUUUGGGGGGGGGGGGGGGUGACCGUAAUUAGCCACAACCCUAACACCAACCAUUGCCAUGCCUUAAAUGGGAAACCACUAAUCCUAAGUCAAGCCCCAAAACCCUAACCCUGGUCUCAACCCCAAAUCCAGACCACAGACCAAGCCUGACAAUCCUAGUCCCAAGAAUAAUUUAACUAACCAAUUCUAAUCGUUACCUAGACCCCAAUUUUGAGCCUGAAACGUCGAUACCGGCCAUCGGAGUUCACAAUCUGCUUCCUGCAUAAGCCCUGUCGAAACUCACUGCCGUUAUUAAGCACAACUAAUUAAGACAAGGUAUGCCUAUGAGCAAAUAUCCAAGGAGGACUACAUGCCCUACCCUUACCGGGAAAUUUCCGGAAUGCAUUUUAAAGUGUCUGCGAACUCCUCAUGUCGCAUAUUUCCCCUCCCAUUCACGACCACACAGGAGGUGCAGAUGGGGGAAGAAAGAGGGGGAUGACACAAACUACGAUGCUGGCUUUAAUGGAGGGAGGGGAGAAGAUAGAAUAAUGAAAAUUGUAAUGAUAAUAGCACUACUAAUGGCGGUAGGAAGCGGACAGACUGUCACACCUGUCGCUACCAGUAACCUGGUCUGUCAGAUGAGCACUCCUUCCAACUAACCAGUCAGUUAACUUGUUCAGCAGGCUCAUAUUUUUCUAAGAGUGCUUUACAAGGUCCCAUCAAGCUAUUCAAAACUACUUGGGCAUCGCUUGUUGACUACGGCAGAGGCAGCUACAAUCAGGUUACGCGGACCGGUCCUAUGCGCACAGUUGCCAUGGGGCCAAAGCCACCAAGCCAGCCACCCGCAUGCAAUUACCUUUGUAGGGACCCACCUCCCUGGCGCUGACUGGAAUUGUGGUGUUUCACUCUCCUCCUCCUCCCCUUUAUUAGCCAGGCUAAUAAGGCUCUUGUCCCAGCGAUCGUGUCUCUUUCCUCAAGACUGUUUCCUGGGACUCAUCUCUUCGCUUCUAGUAUCAACUGUGUUAUUCUAAUUCACCCUGCCCUGCUUUUUUGUCUCCGUCAGAAUUUGUGCCAGCAAAGAGUGGUUUUACGGACUUCUCUAGCCUCUGCGCCAGUGCAGACGCCAAGCCUUCCUGGCUGUCCGCAUCAAAGCCGACGGAGUCCGGAGCCCCGAGGUUCUGGUCCGACGCCGGGGGCGGCACCCUCUUCUCAGCCCAGAAGACGGUCGGUGUCGCGGACCAGCAGAAGGAGACGGAGAACGAGGAGCCUGAGCCGGAUCCCCAGUUUGAGCCCAUCGUCCCGCUUCCCGAACUCGUGGAGGUACGCCCUCCUGUCUGCUACCCCCCUUUUUUACUCUGCUGCCUUGUUUUUGCAUAGUUGUCCUUGAGCCGGUCGUGCGUGGUGUGGAGUUAGCUUGGUUAUUACCGACAAUGACAAGGGAGACUGGAAUGGCCAUUUCUGGCUUAUUAGCCGUUUUCAGCCAGUCAUACCAACCCCGAAGUGUGGAACACCUGCGGCCCGAUCCCGCGAUCUGUUGGCUAGAAGUUCAACGCUUCUAACUACUGAGCCACGGGCCCGUUUUCCUGUCGGUUUCAAUUGGGAAUAUACAAUGGGUGGCUAAUAAGCCAGAAAUAGCCAUUCCAGUCUCCCUUGUCUUUGUCGGUAUUAACAUCCUGCCUAUAUAUCAUGCGCCGCUGUGCGGCUGCUGUUUGGGCCUGAGAGAGAUAGCCCGUAAAGCACAACGGAGCGAGUGAGUUUCGUGAGAACUAUCGGUGAGCGCCUCUCUACCAUUAGCUUGGUUUUUCUGUGGUACUCUACCAAAGACCCGACCACACUGUAUUUAAAUUUAACUAUCGUUACAUCCGCCAACACCAGAAGCAGUCUCUGCAUGCUGAUCACAGUCUACUCUGCUGUCUAGGCAACUUUCCUGGCCUGCAAAAAGCCUCUCCAGUAGAGCAAAUCUCCUGUUUGAAGCCAAACGUAUUCUUUAACAGUAUGCGUGGUCAAACUGACUUAUAUAGCCUGAGGAAAAUGAAUCGCUCACCGGAUCGGGGUACUUUUCUGGCUAACGUUUCGAAAAGCUGGGGCUGCUCUCCUUUGUCAAAGCGUCAAGUGAAAAAAUCGAUCAGAAUUUUUGAAUAGACAGCCGGAUUAGUUGGCCUUGGGCCGAUCGAUUUUUUCUUCUUUCGCUGCCUUGGCCUUCUGGCCGUCGUCUGUGAAUGUUGGUGUCCUCCUGUAUUACGUGUCGUCACCUCAAUUGGGGUUAGUUGCAUUUGCGUUCCCCUUUCGGGUAAGGUGGUCGACAGGCCGUGUUUGCUCGGUAUUCUUAGGCUCCGUAUGAUUGUCUUUUCUUCGUCACGAUGCAUGUAGAGACGUAGGACUUUAUCGGCCGAAGGAAGGUCUAGAUGCCUGUUGAUGGAGUUGGCAUCUGAACAACAAGUUUCAAGUGUGAGACGCUCAUUUCUUGAGGUGCCCCCGCAUAAGACGGCUGCACCUUUAAAAUAAAAACUGUGACCACUUUCCCCGACGUGAGCCGCAAGCUAUUAGUUUGGGUCUAGUCUCCGAGUUGCCAGUUUGUGCUCAUGUAGGCGGGUCUGCCAUUUCCGUCCAGUUUCCCCAACGUAGUUGCAGUCCUCAUCCUUACAACGUAUUUGAUAGACAACUGCUGAGGUUUCAGUGCGUGGCAGUAUGUCUGGGUUGCAUCAAACGGCGACGAAUUGUUGCCUGGGGUCGAUGGGCAAUGUUUACCCUGGCGGGUUGUAACAGUCUUGAAACCGCCCCGGAGACUAGUUUAAUGUAAGGCAUAACCCUCCAGACUUCGGGUUGUUCUUCUUGUGGCCAUCGGCUGUUCACUCGGCGCUUGUUUCGCUUGAUGAAGUGGCUUGGGUAUCCAUUGGUUCGAAAGAGAUCAUGAAGGUAUUGCCGUUCAACUCUUUUGUUGGCUGGUGUGCUGCAGUGUGUUUCAACUCUUUGGAACAGAGUACAGACACGGCUGCGUUUGUGAGAGAGGGGGAUGAUUGUUGUUGAAGUGCAGUAUUUGUCUUGUGUUGGUGGCUUUUCUGAAAACGGUAGUUUGUAAUUGUCCAGUUGCACACCGACGCACAAGGACAUCGAGGAAGGGAAGUUGGUUGUUUGUUUCGGCUUCCAUCGUGAAUUGGACAUUCUGGUCAGCCGAGUUCAGCAAUUCUUUAAGGUGCUCCACGUCAGAUGAUUUGACAAUGGCGAAGGUGUCAUCGACGUAACGAGCCCAGAACUUUGGUUGAUACUUGGUGAACACCAAGUGUUCUAUCCGUUGAAGAACCACUUCAUCAAUCAGCCCCCCUAAACAGGACAUCGGACCUGCGCAUUAUUUUGGAAAGGGCAGUACAUUCCCGUGUCCUAACCCCUACAAUUACUCUUCUACGAAACUAAAACGUUGCUCUAAUCUUGACCCUAACCCUUUAUCUCUGCAGUUAACCCCAUGCUAUGGAUGACACGGACCAUAUAUAUGUUAGGUACCUGCUUCCAAGUCUACCUGGGAGCCACGAGUGGUUGGGCCUAUACUCCGAGUCACACACAGAAAACACGCAAGAUGGCCAGGGCAACAGCGACCCAUAACGGUGAACUUCACUCGAAGGAUGAUCCUCAAGCAGUGGUGAUCAAAUACCUCCAGUUUUAGCUCAUCCUCCUCGCGCAAAGCCCAGCAUUCACAACCGUAGAGAAGGACAGACCGGACAGAUGCAAGGUACACGCGAAUCUUAGUGGCGAUGGAGAGGUCACGUAGGAUCCAUAGGCAUUUUCGAAGGCUUGAGAAAACCCAGCGGGCAGCAUCGAUUCGAGAGACAGCAGCCUCGCUCCGAGGUAUUUAAAACUGUCUACGUCUUCAAAUUGACAGCCAUCAAUCCCGAGGGGUGCCUUCUCCUAAUCAGGGAUGAAGCUUGAAAACACUUUGGUCUUCCCAGUGUUUAUGGAUAAACCGACCGAUUUAGCGACCUCGUUCACUCGCGACACCAUAGACUGCAGAACACCAAAACUUGAGGCAAGUAAGGCGAUAUCAUCGGCAUAGUCAAGCGCAAUGACGGCAUUGUGACAUGGCGACCGUAAACCGCCAUCAAAUAUGUUUGCUUGCCACCGCUGCCUUGUGGUUAGGCUUUGAAGCCAAAGCGCUAGAGGAGACAACCUCGAACAAACAAUCCGAGCGGCUGUUUCGGACCUGCCCGUAUUCGAAAUUACCAAGAAACCUCAUGAAAUAUGCCCGAAACCUCACUCGGGGCUCAGCAUCAGGUGGCAAGGUCUCCUUACUGAUUUUGCCUUUACGGUCCUUCUACUAAUGCGCGUGGCGAGGUACAUUUCGUGACGUCACCGAGGCCGGUUAGAUCAGGCAUGAUCGCAGCCGUACCAAGUACAAGUGGUCAGACCGACUUAUAUAGCCCCCUUAAACAGGACAUCGGAAUAGGUGCGCCGCACCCCAGUAGUAAAUGUGGACCUGCACAUUAUUUUGGAAAGGGCAGUACAUUCCCGUCUCCUAACCCCUACAAUUACUCUUCUACGAAACUAAAACGUUGCUCUUAUCUUGACCCUAACCCUUUAUCUCUUCAGUUAACACUAGUCCCUGCCUUAGCCCUAAACUUGGUCCUGAUUUACCAUUAACUUUAAACCUAGCCUUAGACCUAAUCCCUAACCUAACCCUAAUUUCGCUGGAAGCCACUCGUAUCACAGGCGGUUGCCGUUCUCUUGUCCUGUUUUUGGGAGCCAUAUAAGUCAGUCCUGCCGUAUGCAUACUUGAUCGUUCGUAACGUGCAUUGUCCGCCAUGCAGAGCACGUCGGCACGCAGUCGCGUUGUUCGAUGCCACGAUGAUGAGCCGCGUCUGACUCCUGCUUUCUUAUAUUGUGGUACCCUUGACGCCAGUCGCCGAAACCCCUCUGAUGUAGUUUUGGUAACAAUCGGGAGAGGGCACCCAAAUUCCGCUGCCUAGAAAUAAUACCUACUAUAUCUAUUUGAGUAGGUUAUAGCCCUACUUAUUUGUUGUUUCAUCCGUUGUUUCGCGUUGUUCGAUGCCACGAUGAUGAGCCGCGUCGGACUCCUGCUUGUUCAUGCUGUAGUACCCUUGACGACAGUCACGGAAACCUCUUUGAGGUGGUUUGUUGUCUUCUGAAGGUUUGUAUCAUAUCCUUUCUUUAAUAUCACUUUCAAUUCCUGCUUUCUCUCUCUCUCUCUCUCUCUCUCCGCUUUAGCGACGGACUGGUGAAGAGGAUGAAGUCUGUCUGUUUCUUCGACGCUGCCGCCUCUACCGCAUGGUGGAUAAGGUGUGGAAGGAGCGCGGUAUCGGUGAAAUGAAGGUCCUCGUGAAGCCCAAGGCUCCCGCCCCAGCACAGCACACCAAUGCUCGCACCGAACUGCCCGCUGAUGUCGAUUUGGGUGAAAUCGACUAUGCUCGUCUACUCAUGCGUCGUGAUCAGGUGCUGAAGAUUUGCGCCAAUCACACAAUCACUGCCGAAGUGCCCAAGUUCAACCCGCUGUCCUCCGCAGCCAACGGUCUCUGUUGGGUAACAGAAGACUACAGUGAGGGUGCCGGAGAAAUUAUGACCCUGGGUAUCAAGUUCAAGGUGAGUAUAUCUUCUCCACUUUUCUUUACGCUUUUGCGUCCUCCUGCGACCCGACUAACGAGCUUUGCGCAACCUCCUUUUAUUACUACUUAGUGUGGGUUUCAUUCACUGAGGAAGGGCAGCCUCCGUAUGGUAUACGAGUGCCUGUACAGGACUGUUAUCACGCCUGACCUGUUUUGAUCUCAAUAUUGUCGGGUCGUCCCUCUUAACGCGCGACGAUUUCGGACAUCGUAUCUGGUAAACCUCAUUUUACACUUACCAUCAGCGAAGGCUGGAUGUAGAAAUCCCGAGAACUGCCUGAAUAUCUUGACGCUCCGUAUCAAGUCAAUUUUUAAGAUGACCUCUUCGUCGAUUCCCGCUUGGAGAUAGCGUUGCAUCUUUUGGAUGGUCUGAGACAUCGUCUCAAUGCCGUCACAAAGAGCGGGCUGUCUUAUUCAGGACGGAGUACUGACCCGCGGAAUUGCCGAGCUGUUAUCACGCCAAUCACCAACGCUGAUGAUGGGAAUCUGGCCAUUAAUGACUCGAAUGCGGGUAAAUAAGCCCGAUGAUUUACCUACGCACGCAUCCGGCACGUCAGACGGAGAUCUUGUUGCGUAUCCUCAGUGUGUUGCAUCGUCGAUUUCAUCCUGAGAUGAAUGAUCAUAUGCCAAUGCGUAUGUUGGAGAGUGUUAGAACUCCGCCAUAGGGGAUGGAUUGGUCGUAGAAGUUGAGAAAACAUUCAAAGUGCACGCGUCCAUGUUAGAUUUUGAGCGUGUUGUCAGUAGUGAGGUUCUCAAUGACAUCUCAAACACUCAAUGCAAUGAACGUGCCAUUAUCUACACGAAUAAGUUGGUAGGGUUCCCGAGCAUCACCAAUAUUUGAAGCCCGUUCCACUGAAGUCACUUCUCCAACCUGCAGUAUUCUGUAGCCGACUUUUCCGUCAUUUUACGGACUUGGAGGCAGGAGUGGUUCAGUAUCAGUAUCAGUUUAUUAAGGGAAAUAUAGGCAAGCGCCUUUGAACUCCCUCUUGGUUACAAGUCGUCGGAGAAAAACAUUGAUAAAUGGGAAGGUGAAAAAGGGAUUUUGUACAUACUCGCGGACAGCUGGCAGCAGAUAACUGUAGAGUUAGUCAUCCUAAUCCGACCAUUUAGACGCCACCAUAUGAACCCAGAUUGAGAAUAAAGAGAACCUCUUCGUGUGAGACCGGAUUUAGGCUCCCGGCACUUCGAUCCCGUCUGAACCUUGGUACUGUUAUCUGGGAUCGCAGCCGAACCCUCGAGCGUACGCAUAUGAAAUUACGCUCCGCGUCACGAACCAAUUUACCAUAAUCCGCCCAGAUCCAAAACGUUAAUCUGAUUGUCCAGUUGAUCCUAGUUAAAACAACAGGUCAGCAUCUAUCUGCGAUCAUCCUGAGGGAGCCGCGGUUUGGCGUGCCCGUAUCUUUGAUCAGUCAAUUUCUGAGGAGCCAACUCGACACUCAGAUCAGUCAUUACAUUGCGGGGCGACGGUAUGGUGAAUGACCCCAAUUAUUUGUCGGUGUAUACUAUGGAUCAUGUCAUACGGGAAUGAUGGUAAUGGGUGGGGCAGCACACCAGACAGUAAGUUGACGGAACGGCCGCUGUGCUCUGCUGGCGUUUCUCUUGCAUUCACUGACCGUUUAGCUACAUCGAUAUUCUCUCAUCGUUCCCCUACGACCGCUGUUCCCCCAGAGUUGAAACUCUCCUCUCGUGCGUCUCAGCUUUGAUCGUCCAACGUAUGAGGACGGUGGCGGAGGCACUCCACAAGCACGUUCCUAGCGGUCUCAAUACAAGCUUUGUGUUUCUGGUAGAUUCAGUUGGCCUUCGACUUCAGAACAAGAAGAAGAUCUUUCACUGGAAGUUCCAGUUAUUAUUUUCCGACUUAACACUCUUAAACCUGAGGUAACAUAAUGAGUGGCAUGCUUGACCUGGUAAGCAAAGGCUGCAUGCAAGCGACGGGUGUUUCAUUGGCAAUUCAUCCACAGUUGCCGAUUGUUCCUAUGGUCUCCACGCUAAUAAAACAAUAAGCAAGUGUUUACGACAUGGUUUUCAUAAGAUACAGAACACGACGUCCUCUCGAUCCAUAUCAAGCGCUCGGUGGCGGUUAUAGCACUGUGAGCAAUGCUAUCAUAGCAGUGGUUACGUACCACAAAAGGCGAAACAAUCAUGUUUUGAACAGACUCGAAAAAACCAACACCAAGCACUAGACGAUCGAGCGUUGAGCCUUCGCUAACCAGAGGCGGCAACGGUAGGGUGAGGGCCCCCAAUUAGCUAUCGGCAUAUUGUGUAUCGUGUCUUACGGGAAUGGUGGUAAUGGGUGGGGGGGAGGGUUUACGAGUGGGUCAGCACACCGGGCAGUAAGCUGACGGAAUGCAGAAAAACACAGAAGACGGUCGGUGCCAAAAACCGUACUUUCGAGCAAAACGACAACUGUAUGCAGAUACGGUAUCCAGCUGGAUAUUCCAUGACGUUCCAUCUAGAAAGAGUGCCUACCCAUCGAACAACUGAGCCUACCCCUGGCAGACAUUUCCUCCAUCCCCCAAUUUAUGCUCAGUCGACCUCUGUUUUUUUCUCCGCUUUUUGAUACAACUGCCAGUUAUCAGUACUUAGCUAGAUAUCGCUAGUAUAUACACCAGCACACGAUCCACAGUCUACCGACAGCCAAUUACGUUCCUUUACCCUACCGUUGCUCGUUGUGGUUGUCAUAUAUUUCCUACUGCCUUUCCCACCCUUCCUGUGUUUGUUAUUACCACUGACGGUCGUUGCUGUUAUGUUUUCUUUCAGACGGAACAAGACGUGAAUGCGUUUAAAGCCGCCAUCGAGCGGGCCAGGACGAUGUUGAAAAAGUACGUUUGGGUCAAAAAUAUCGCCAUUCAACCUACUGUUGUUUCUCUCCCACACUCCACUCCACAAACCUCCAUAUUAACGAUAACAUCCACAUUACGUCGCAUUGAUCUCUUCUAACGCUUGUCUCUCUAGACCUGUAUUAUAAUAGCCUUCCCCAAACAGGCCACGUGAUAGAUCCGCGCUGGUCCAAGACGGGGGCCAUAUCGGAUUCUAGCAGGCGUUGUCGGAUUGCGCGCACCAUGACAAAUGCCAACAGUUUGGGGUGCGGUGGCAGCAGACCCGAUUGCUGGCAGCCGUCGCGCCCCCUACGACCCCUGCCGGUCCCUCCCAUUGGUCAAAAAGGCCUGGUCAUUCGUCGUAUGGACCGGGGGGUGUGGGGUGGAACGCCAAGGUGCGGGCUCGGCCGUGCCAUCCACCUGCGUCCUCCCCCGCCUCCCGCAUUUUUGACUCAGUAUUGACACCGGGUCUAGGUGGGGAGUAGGAGGAGAGGGUGUUGUAGGUGCUGUUCAAGUCCACCACCACUUUAACCUAAUUCACGCACAACUCACCGUGCCUGCUUCAACUUGUUGUGGAGCAAAUGGUUGACAUCGUCAGAAUCAACGGUCGAACUGUCGUUUUAUAAAAGGCUCGUCCGUUACCCACGUGCAGGAUCACCAAGGUGCCGGAGGAUGCGCAGCAAUUACUUACGUAUCAAUUUCUUUCGGUGAGGCCGGCUUGUGUCACAUCUUCACUCCUUCGUGUGCCCACCAUGUUCCAAAAACAAGAGAGAUAGUCGUGGUUGCCGGAGUUGCUGGCGGUGGGGAAGAUUGUUUUUCUUAUGAUGAACACUCAAUUUUUGUCAAGGUAAUCGACUUUCUGAUUUUGGUCACACUAUAGGCAGGAAUGAGAGCUCCGUGGGAUCCGGGCCGGUCGAACUGUCGUAUUCGUACUUGUCCGAGUAGGUCAACGCUGUUCUGGAAUGUGCGGGGACGUUGUGGACGGGGUAGGCCAACCAGACAGGUGCUGGUCGUGUUGCGGUGGAUUCGCAGACCUCUUAUAUACAUAUAUGAGCUAUGUCAGCGGAUGAUCAACAAGGACCGUGGGUUCUAUGACAGCACCUGCAUUGAACUUAUUGAACAUCUUCAUUGGUUAUUGUUGCUAAACUAGUCAGGGAAGCGGCUGACGGCCAUACCUAGAGGGAGUGUUCGGUAAGAUGAGGUUAUAUAGCCGCACCUGAUGGCCACAAUACUGUUGACCUACUUAAUUACUUUGAGUUGGUAUGAUUACGUUGGCAAGGCGUUGCUGUGCGUUGCAAUGUUCUGUUGGCGGCCUUAUUUCUUUGUUGCCGUGUCUACCUUUUUCGGCCCAAUGCCCGUGGUCCUUCUAGACUUUCGGCCUGUCGUUUCCUUCUAACUUUCGCAUUGGGUGUUUCAGGGUUAGAGUUAAGAGCUGCGGCCAGGGGUUAGGUGUAGGGGGUUAAGGCAACUAUUUCUCAGCCAUUCAUAUACAACCGUGCACUCCCAAUAGCUUUUCUUUUACAUACAAUUGUUUGACCUCGUCGCCUGUGCGUUCCCCCGCUCCACUUGUAAAACCCCCCUAUUACCACCGGUCCUGCAUUGCAGGUGACUGAGGUUUGUUUACCUCAGAUGCUACCACAUAACCACAUCUGACCGAAUGUUUAUUUGGAAAUUCGGUUCAAUUUUGCUAAUUUAUGCGUGUCGCUGAACGAUACCCCAGACUACUCCUUUGACCUCUAAUGAAUUGAGAUGCCCUCUCAGUAGCACCUUUAUUUUCAUUCCCACGCUCUAGUGAGCUUUGUGUGCCUAAGUAGUCUUGUCAUCCGGCACUGCAUCCAAUUCACUGUGAAUGACUUGCGAUCAAUUUAGAGAGCUACUGAUUCUACUCCACCCACCUAGUGCGAUCGCUCGGCGCUGCAGGAUAGGAGCUUUUUCUAAUUCCUUCUCUCUCUCGAGAUCCCAUCGCCAUCUCGGUAAAACUGCUCAACCUCUCACCAUUGCCCUGCGCCCUCACGCCUCACUUUUUUCCCUUCUCCAGGAAACAGUGA